GCUUUUAUAACGAAGAAUUGCAGAAAGUAAAAAAUGGAUAAUUUUUAUGUGACUCUAAUAAGCACCGCGAGUAUGGAUUUUUUUCCAAAAAAUACUCAAUCCUCCUUCACAUCGAAAAUUAAUCCACCGAUAAAUUUAACAGGAUCUUGGGAAGUGGGUUUAUCCCAAAUAAUAAUACCACGUUCGUGGUUUAAUAUCACUAGUGAAAAUAACAAAUACGUCAUUACUACUAAGGAAAUGAAAUUGAUUAAAAUAAGAGCCGAAGAUUUAUCUACUCUAAUUCCGUUACAACCUAUGCAAGGAAACAACUCGAGUCAUAUAUUCGAAAAUAUUACGAAUAAUUUGAAAGCUUUGAAAAAGGAUCAUUUUAUUAAUUUUUCUUUUAACAAAGAGGAUAGCACUGUAAAAAUUUACGUCGCUAAUGAUUGCGAAUUGCGUUUACUUCCAGAUAGUGGUGGCAUAUUUCUCUCUAUGCUGAAUUUAGAUAAUCAAAAUCCGUUCAUUAUACAGGGAGAAGAAGAACUAACAUUUCGAUAUACUCCGUCUUUACAAGAUUUUAGUGGAGAAUUUUUUACUUUAAUCGAGAAAAAUAGGUAUGUAGAAGAAAUAAGAACCGAAAAUGUUGAAAAUAUAUUACAAAUACCGAGAGGAUUAUACGGAACAAAAGAUUUUCUUAAAGCAUUUCAGAUAAUAAGUUUUAAAUCGCUUCCGGAUAAAAAGCUACUAUUGAAAAUUCCACGGGGAUCUUCAGUCAAAUUUAAUAAACAAUUAAAAGAUAUAUUAGGAUUUGAUCAAUUAGAAUAUCCCGAAGGAGAAUUUAUAGGGACGUAUCCUUUAGAAUUAAACGCUGGAAUAACGGAAAUAUUUGUAUAUUCUAAUAUAAUAGAAUCUCAUCAUGUAGGGGAUACUUCGGCUCCGUUGUUUCGAGUAAUUCCCCUCAUGGGAGAAAAAGAACAACAAAUUGAUAAAAUUUAUAACACUCCAUUAUUUUUUCCCGUUCGAACCAAUCACAUCGAGACUAUAUCUAUAGAUCUGCGCUCAUCCACGGGUGAAAACAUAAUUUUUACUUCUGGAAAAUCGCUUUUGGUAUUAUGUUUUAGACGAGUAUAAAAAUCCAUUUUCACAAAAGAAUCAUUUAUUUAAUAAAA